AUGCCGGAGAGUCACACGGCCGUGAAUAUAGCUGCCUCAUUGGAGCAGCUUUGCACCGACUGGGAGAUACCAAUCGAUUGCGUGAAGUACAUUGUGACGGACAACGGCCGCAAUAUCCGAGCGGCUGCCAGGAGACUGCCAUGGCUCCAGCGAGCCUGCUUUGCGCACACUCUGCAGCUGGCGAUCAGCGAUGCGAUGUCGUGUACUCCGGCAAUGAACAGACUCUGCAAGAAGGCGAAAGCGAUUGUAGCACACUACAAGCAUAGCCCUAGUGCGCAGAAAAGACUGAAGGAUCUGCAAAGGCAGUUGAACAAAGACGUGCUCCAUGUUGUGCAGGAUGUUGACACAAGAUGGAACAGUCAGUACCUCAUGCUCUCGAGGCUUCUUGAACUCAAAGAGUCCAUCACACUCGAGCUCACCACUUCGGACACAAGCAUAGAUACCUUUAACUCUGCAGAGUGGAGAGAUGCAGUGGAGUUUGUGGAGGAAUUUGAUGAAGUGGCCAGCCUGGCCAUGUUUCUUGACCCGCGCUUUAAGGCUACAGUUCAUCAGGCAUCUGGUCAGGUGAUCUGGCUGAAAGACCUUGUGACAAGGGAGCUCCAGGCAGCAGACGUGGAACCCAGUGGGGACACUGCCGUGCCAGGGUCGACUUCGUGUCCUCUGGUGGCAUCCAGUGUAUGA